AUGUUAACUUGCUUGUAUAUGAAUGAAGGACUCAUCAUGUUCAUGCGAGGCCUGUUUGUAUUCUGGAGCACAGCAUCAUUCGCCUCAAUCGUUUCGUCGACUAAAACCGAAAAGCCGGUUACAAGCUGUUCGGAUGGCUUCAGUCUGGAUUACACCUUAUCAACUUUCCACGAAUGUAAGAACAAACUCCAUCCCAAUGGAAGCAUGGUGCAAACGAUUCCAAAGCUCAUCCCCUACACAACGUUUAAUAAAGGGGUUGCUUGCCAGAGAAGGGAUAGGUCUAGAGCAACGGGGAAAACACCUGGACACAGAGUUUGUAGUCUCCCCGAUUGUCAUAAUAAUAUUUGUCAAGGCGGCUGGUGUGAAGAGACUAUGACUGCCUUCAAAUGUCACUGCUAUGACGGAUAUGAAGGGAAACUCUGCGACCAACAAUCAACUUCUAAACAAAACAUCACAACGAUCGAUUCAAACAAAACCACCUCAUCUCCUACAACUAUGCCGCUAGAGAAUGACUAUGCCAUCGGUAAUGCACGUGCCCAUUUUUGUCGUGAUCGACGGCCGAGAUCCCAAGACACAAGGGCGGGUGCUGCUGAAUCAGACCCCAGUCUUCUAUCAGGCGUCAAAAUAGCCCAGUCUUUAUAG